GGAAAUAUCACGUUUUAACGCCAAAACUUUAACAAAUAUUCAAAUCAAAACCUCCCUGUCUCCUGUUGCUAUUGCAUCAAUGCCAACUCUCCUCCAAACCGUUUUUGCCGUUUACUCUCUCUGUGUUUCAGAUUCUACGUCCACAUCCAAACCAAUCUCCCUCUCUCUUCUGAUCCAAGCACCCAUUAAUUUCUUGAUCCUUGCAUUCCCUUCUUUGAUCUAAAUCGGCUUUCGUCUCAUCUCACAUUUGCUUUUGUACUCUCAACAUAAACAUUUUCUUCAUUUUUAUUAGAUCCCGUUUGAAAAAUGGCCACAAUGGAGAGCUUGAUCGGGUUAGUCAACAGAAUCCAAAGAGCUUGCACUGUCUUAGGCGAUCAUGGAGGUGAAGGCAUGUCCCUCUGGGAAGCUCUUCCUUCUGUUGCUGUUGUUGGUGGCCAGAGUUCUGGGAAAUCUUCAGUGUUGGAAAGCGUGGUGGGGAGAGAUUUCUUGCCUCGUGGAUCUGGUAUUGUUACACGGAGGCCAUUGGUGUUGCAACUUCAUAAGAUAGAGGAUGGGAAAUCUGAAUAUGCAGAAUUUCUUCAUGCACCAAAGAAGAGGUUUACAGAUUUUGCUGCUGUGCGUAAGGAGAUUGCGGAUGAAACUGAUCGUAUUACUGGGAAGUCAAAACAAAUCUCUAAUAUUCCAAUUCACCUGAGUAUAUAUUCUCCAAAUGUUGUCAACUUGACCCUCAUAGAUCUUCCUGGGUUGACAAAGGUUGCUGUAGAGGGCCAGCCAGAGAGUAUAGUUGAAGAUAUUGAAAAUAUGGUCCGUACUUACGUUGAGAAGCCCAACUGCAUUAUAUUGGCCAUUUCUCCUGCCAAUCAAGAUAUUGCCACUUCGGAUGCCAUAAAACUUGCCAGAGAAGUUGAUCCUUCAGGUGAAAGGACAUUUGGUGUGUUGACGAAGCUUGAUCUCAUGGACAAGGGAACCAAUGCUCUGGAUGUUCUUGAAGGAAGGGCAUAUAGGCUGCAACAUCCCUGGGUUGGUAUUGUUAAUCGUUCACAAGCCGAUAUCAACAAGAAUGUUGACAUGAUUGCUGCCCGUCGAAAGGAGCGUGAAUAUUUUGAAACAAGCCCUGAGUAUGGACAUUUGGCAAGUAAAAUGGGAGCAGAGUAUCUUGCCAAACUUUUAUCCAAGCAUUUGGAGACGGUUAUCAGACAGCGGAUACCAAGUAUCAUUGCUUUGAUAAAUAAGACCAUUGAUGAGCUUAAUGCUGAGUUGGACCGCAUUGGCAGACCUAUUGCAGUAGACUCAGGGGCACAACUUUACACAAUCCUAGAAUUGUGUCGUGCUUUUGACCGUGUAUUUAAGGAACACCUGGAUGGAGGGCGUCCUGGUGGGGAUCGAAUAUAUGGGGUCUUUGAUCAUCAACUACCGGCUGCUUUAAAAAAGCUUCCCUUUGAUCGUCAUCUCUCUUUGAAAAAUGUGCAAAAAGUUGUUUCAGAAGCUGAUGGUUAUCAGCCACAUUUAAUUGCUCCAGAACAAGGGUAUAGAAGGCUAAUUGAUGGAUCUAUAAGCUACUUCAAAGGCCCAGCUGAAGCCUCUGUGGAUGCGGUGCACUUCAUUCUGAAGGAACUUGUAAGGAAGUCAAUAGCUGAAACAGAGGAGCUGAAGAGAUUUCCAACUCUUCAAUCUGACAUUGCUGCUGCAGCAAAUGAAGCUUUGGAAAGAUUCCGUGAUGAAAGCAGAAGAACAGUUUUGAGGCUUGUGGACAUGGAGUCUAGCUAUCUUACAGUGGAAUUUUUCCGGAAGAUUCACCUUGAAGGGGAGAAGAACACAAACACAAACUCAAACUCAAAUUCAAAUGCAUCAGGCCCAAAUGCAGACCGUUUUGCUGAUUAUCAUUUCAGGAAGAUUGGAUCAAAUGUCAAUGCUUAUAUUGGUAUGGUUUGUGAUACACUAAAGAAUUCUAUUCCCAAAGCCGUAGUUUAUUGUCAAGUCCGAGAGGCUAAGAGAUCUCUUCUCAAUCAGUUCUACGCACAAGUUGGGAGAAGGGAGAAGGAGCGACUUGGUGCGAUGUUGGAUGAGGAUCCGCAACUCAUGGAAAAAAGAGCAGCCAUAGCAAAAAGGCUUGAAUUAUACAAGUCAGCCAGGGAUGAGAUUGAUUCAGUGGCAUGGAAAUGAUAGAGUUACUUCCUCACAAGAUUCAGUAAAUUCAUAUUUUUAGUUUCCUUUUUCUUUUUCCAAUUUUUAGGCUAGAUGACAACCAGAUUGCCUUUUUUUUUUUUGUUUGAUAAUUGAUUAAGCUCUAUAAAGUAUACAAGCACGGUAUGGUAAUAUAUUUCUUUCAUUGAUUUUUGCCCAUAUUAAUUGGAUAUCAAAUUGUUCCUUGAAAUAACACAGUGAUCAUAAUGCGUUUAGAGCAUGUUUGGUUCUUUUUAUUAAUAGAAUAGAUUGGGAAUGCAAUUGGAUGUCUA